CCCUUUUACGAUAUUUCCAUUCCUCAGCUCAUCGGCAUGAUACUAGUUACUCUUCAUCUCCACACAAAGACAGAGGUGAUCGGCGAUUUCAUACUGACAAGUUUUCUGACAGUGGAAGUUCCAGAGGUUUUGAAUACCAUGAAUAUACACCCGUAACUGGAGGAUUUAUGACAUCAACACCUCAAAUAAAAUCCCAGGCUCUCUUCUCACCCACCAAAGCUUAUCAGGUAAGUUAUAAAACUAACCUGUGGUUUUGCAAAGAACAUGCUUGUACAGAAAACCUCUUUAAUACCACUGUAGGACAGAGAACCUCUGUAAGUUAUUCAUAUUUAUCACUUUGUAGGAGCUACCUUAUAAAGAUUAUGAAGUUUUGUUGUGGAGCUCUUUCACUCAUGUAGCCAACAGCUAUAAAGCAUUUCUUUGAAGAAAAGAAAGUUUUUACAUGAGAAAAGGGUUAACUCCCACAGGAUUGGUUUGGGAAACCAACAUGCAUGGUUGCCUUUAGGACACCAGUAUGGCAGACGUGACGUCAUGUGAAAAGGCUCCAUCAACAGGCCCUCUUCCAACAAAAAAAGAGGGACAAAAAUGGGGAUGUUUUGGAGAGGUGGUCUUCUGUGGAGGCUUGUUUGCAGAUGUACAAAUCGCCAUGAGUUGAGGGUUGUUGUUGCAUAGUAGAUGCAAUAUACAUGUACUUUACUGAAAUUCAGUAGCUUGUAUGUUCAAGGCCUGUUGCUUGUAUCCAGCCUCGCGUCUCCCUGUAGUUCAAUUAAUUAGAAAGAACUAUAAAUUAUUAUGAAAUAGAGUACAGUUAAACCCCAUGUUAGUAUGGAUACUACGGGGGCCAUAGAAAGUGUCCGUAUUAACAGGGUGUCCGUAUAAAGUGGGUUGAAAAUAAAAGUGCUCUCUUUCCACUGGACAAAGCAAACAGUCUGUAAUAAUGAGGUGUCCAUGCAUAUCAAGAGGGUGUCUGUACAGUGGGGUUUUACUGUACAAGUAGUUUUGCCAUUUCUCUCUGGGAUAGUAGGGCAUUUAGCAAAACAUACAAGGCACACGUGCUUGUGUGUUUUGCUCAUUCUACUGUCCCAGAGAAAAAACUAGGGACUACUUAUAGUCUAACUUUGAAAACAUGACAGUGUUUUUUUUGUUAAUCUCUAGCCAGGCACCAUAUUUAGCAGAUCUCUGUGCGAUCACUGGAUAUUCUAUGUCCUGCUCUUCUAGAAUUUUUUUUUUCAUUGUUAUGUUGUGUUUCUCUAGGCUGAUGCGUUUGAUGCCCAGAGGGAAGCUCAUCAGAAAAUUCUACUCAAGGUGAGAAUUUUAGACAUGACCUGAUCUGAAUUUCAGUCAGAUACACCACAUCACCUACUAAACCAUGUCUGUUAAUCACAGUUACAAGAAAGUGAAAAGAAACUCAACAGAAGCUUGCAAGAAGUUAAAAAAGUGGAAUUUGAGCUUGAAGAAGCAACGUCACAGAAAAAAGUAGGAAUGGUUAAACACAUUGUGCAAUUAAACUGCUUUUUUGCAUCUUUUUCUGUGGUGGAUUGUUAAGCAUACCAUUCUAAAUAAAAACGUUCCACCAGAUUGCGUUGCAGGAACUUCAGGUUCUGGAAGACACGAUCAAACGCAAUAAGGCCGAGGUCAACUCAUCUGAAAACUUGGUGGAACAGUACAGACAACAGGCAACUAAAACAAGGUAAAUCUGCUAAACAACAGAAAGAAGUGUGAUGGGACCCCAUUACAAAAAGUAGACAAAGAUAAAUUGUACUAUUUUGACCUUGUUUGUUUUUAAACAUCUUCUUAGUAGUGUAGUUUUUUACAAUGUACCAAAGGUUUUUGUACUUACUGCCUUAUAGCCAGUAAUACACUAUAUCAUAGGGUCUGUGAGUAAGUUAGUAAUUAAGUAAGACCAUUUCAAGUAAGAUGUCACAAAUCGCCUUGCUACCUAGUUUUAAAUGGUUGAGAAGCCUUUGCAGCAUCCAAUGUCAAUUUAGUCGGCUAUAUUACAAACAACAUUUUAACAGACACACGGAUAAUGUUACCUUUGUAAUGUUCAUCACCAGUAAGCGCAUAUUCUCUCAAGGGGAGGUUUUAGCUACAUGUUGAACUGUUAUGUAGUUUACAACAACCAAUGUAUGGCUAAUUUUUUAAAUGUGAACAAACCGUGAUGUAGACUAACUCUUUAUCAAAUGUCCGUAUUCUUCUUCAGAACUCAGCUUAUGGAUCUGGAACUUCAGAGAGAUAAUAUUCAACAUGAAAUUAAAGAACUGCGAAGCUAUCUCGGGAGACAGAAACAGGAAUCACAACAAGUUGUCCAGGUGGAAAAGAAAAAUGAACUCAAAGUUCUUGAACUUAGCAUAGAAAAAGAUCAGCUUCAAAGUGAGGUGGAGUCAUUGAAAUCACAGCUUAAACAGGCCGAGGGAAACUUUGCAAAUGAGAAACAGAAUUAUCUUCACAAGGUUGGAACUCUUCACGAGCAGUUACACGAGGAACAAAAAGCGUCCAAGGAGGCUGUAGAGAAACUUAAACAAGUCAGUGAGGUUUUCACUCCUUAAACCCUAAUAUCAAAAUUUACAUUCUCGUUUGUUUCCCCGAUACGUUUCCAAAACACGUAGUGAGGAGAAAUUUCUUUGCUUCUUUGCAUUCAUUUCUUCAUUCUGCGGUUCUAGUAUAUGAAGUUCAUUUGUUCAUUAUUUCACUAUCAAUGCUCUUUUUGUUUUUGUAGCAACUUGAAGAUGAACGGCAGAAAGCUCGCGAUUCCCAUUACGAAAGAAUUAACGCAAUUCACAAACUGCAAGACGAAUCAAAGGCGAUGCAUGAUAAAGAACUUGAGGUGCUGCGGAACAGAUUUAUGAGGGUGAGGAACAGAGAGAAAACCUCUUACGUUUCCUCUUCCGAUGUCAGUAGCCUUCCUUAAACAAACUGGCAGUUCAUAGUUAACUUAUAGCUGGCCGUAUUCCUCGGAGAUUCCCGAGGUUCAUUGAGAGACACGCAAUUUUAGUAUGUAGUGGAGCCAUUUGCUUUAUGUUUUUUUGUGGAUUUGGUCAUCUUUACCCUCAAAACGCGCAACGGCUCAGUCGAUAGUAACGUUUGUUUCACUGAUAUGUGAUGUAGUUCUAGAGAAUUUCUCAAAGAUCCACAGAGCCGUAAGGUCCGUAUCGAAUUAGAGCUUAUCAAUUUCUGUACUCAGUAGUAAUUCAUUUUUACAGGAAAAAGAAGUGGAGUUGGAGUCAUUGCGAGAGAAAUCGCGAAGAGACAGGGAAGAACUCAACAAAAAGUUACAGGUAAAGAUCCGAUAUCGGUAGAACAUGUGAAGAUAGUGCCGAAAAGCUGUUACUCAGACCAUUUUUUCUUCACGGCCUUUUUUGAGGUAAAAGUUGGAUAGGAGUAAACUUUGAGUGAGGUUCGACUGAAGUAUAAAUGUAGUGGGAGUGACCUACAAUUUAUAACUGAUGAGUAGUGACUACUUGUAUAAAUCUAUUUAUACUUGUAUAAAUCUAUAUGGUUUGCAUGUGUAAAUUUCUUUUUCGUAUUUGAAUUUUGUUCAUUUAGUGUCAGUAGGGAAAUACCAGUAUUUGUGGCUGUUGUGGGUGCUUUGUUGGUGUUUAUUUAAAGGAUUUAAUCCCGAUUUGAUUUAAGUGAAUGACACGCAAUAAAGUAAUCUCAUCACCAUUUAACUCUGCGACGUUUAAGAGAUCACAGACCAGUAUAGUGCGAGGAAACAAAGCAUAAAGCCCUAACUGUAGUUUCAAUGGCAUUUUUUAAAGUUUUAAUCUCUGAUUUGAUUUUAAUUGUUUUUCUGCUUUUCAGGGUCGAGAUCAUAAGAUAAAUCAACUAGAAAAUGACGUUAAAGACUACGAGGAACAAAUAACAAACCUAAAGACGCAAGUGUUUCAAGAACAACAGAAGUUAUUUGAAUGCGAGAGCGAGUGGAAAGAAAACUUAGCAAAACAAGACACUCAUUCAAAGUCUUUAAAAAUCGAGGUACAACUUUUUCCCCGUUUAAAUUAAUUAUGAUAGGUUAACUGUUUUCAAGAAGUAAUUUCGUCUGAAUUUCCUCGUUCCAAGUAAAAUACGUGGUACAACGCUCAGAGUCAAACUUAAAAAAUGUAAGGAAAUUGAAAUAAUUACAAAACCAGUCGACCGGCCUUUGAUGAUGAAUGGAUUCAGGCCAAGUAUUUCUUUGGCGCAUAUGGCUUUAAUGUGAACUGUACAGUACCGCAAAUGAUCCCCAACCGCAAAUGAUCCCCAAAAUGGACCGCAAAUGAUCCUCGACCGCAAGUGAUCCCCAAUGUCGACCGCAAAUGAUCCCGAAAGAAAAAUAGGAAUGGCUUGGACUCAAGUGUGCGGAUCAUCGUGUCGAUUUUAUUAUUAUUACAAUAGGUCAGGUUAAAAGCUAAAUUUUACUUCUCAAAUAAAUAUAUGAAUAAAAACUAAAUGGAAAAAAUCAUUCAAGAGUAAAAACGAAGUAGGUAGGCAACACACGACUUUUACCUCAUGCUAAAAUGCUGCUUGUUCCAAUGACUUUUUUCCGGCUCUGGCGGGUAGAUUAUACCUCUGAGGAAAACGUAUUGACUGAGCAAAUGUGAUUUUUGCUGCUUAUUUCAUAGUGAGAGGUCAUGACACGCAUUUUCUGCGGUUAUUGUUGUUUCUGGUCGGCAUUAUUUGCCCUUUGAUACAAGAGCAUUUCCUUUUACCUCUUUUGAAAUGCAGUGCUCUUCAUUGCCGCUAAAUAAGGGUUUUAGGUUGUUUAAUUUUCUCCUAAGUGCCUCCUGGAUCCGAAUAAUCAUAAGCGAUUUUCUUUUAGUCCGUGAAUGUGACGGUUUCUUACGAUGUUUUGUCACGUGAUAACUACCGCUUACCUGGCUUUGCGUUUCUCAUUACCAGGUUUAGAUUUCUGGUAACUGUCUUCAGCAAAGCACAACAAAUGAAUAUACAUAAAAACGCUAAUAUAACUAUUCACAACACGUCCAUGAGAUGUAAGAAAGUUGCUAUUUCGGAAUAAACCGAAACCUGUGGACAUUGAUAAGUUCGGGGGCAUUUUGACUUGUGUUUAUGUUAAAUCAUGUCUUGUUUCGUAACGGGCACCUAAGUUACGAACAAAUGUCUUGCUGUUUAUCAGGUAAAAUUAACACUUCAGAGAAAAAUCAAAAUGAAAUAUUCUGGCUGAUUAAUUUCACGCUUUCAAAAAGAUCAGUAAAGUCAAUAAAGCUCUUGUUAGGUAGAGGGUGCCCGGCUUUGUAUUCCUCAACAGAAAGGUUGAGCUUCUAGGCGUUAAAACAAUUUUUCUACGUAACGUCCUGCCUGUCUUAAAUUUUUCAAAAGACGAAACAUUCUUGAAAGAAAAUUGAAGCAAUCGACAAAGGAAGAAGUAUACGGUUAAUACCAUACCUUUUCAGAUUUAUUCCAUUUUUUUUUCGCCUUGUAUAAAUUGACCUGGGUUGUAGCGUCCUCCUUCCCUUUUUCUUUAAAAGGCGAGAGAAAAAGGUUUCUUUUUUAUAACCAGUCCUUUUUUGUAAUCAGUCCCAUAAAAUCCAUUCCAUUCCUCAACUUUUCACGGGAUCAUUUGCGGUCGACUUUAGGGAUCACUUGCGGUCCAUUUUGGGGAUCAUUUGCGGUCUCGGGAUCAUUUGCGGUUGGGGAUCAUUUGCGAUACUGUACAGAACUCCUUUAGAUCUUUAAGCGCUGCACCUCUAUCUUGAAAGUGGGUAAGUCGCCUAUGAAAAUGUCAGAAGUUAAAUUAUAAAAUGACCUAAGAAACGUACACCAAUUCUUGCCCUGUCGUGUUUGUAAAUAAUGUCUCUUUUAUCACUUUGUUCUUAGAUUGACUCCUUAAACGAGAAAGAAGCAGCUCUACACGAGAAACAGCGGAAAACUGAGGAGGUAUAGUAAUAUCUCUCAUGCUAGUUAGCGUAACCGUUAGCAAACACUAAAACUUUCCCGAUCGGCGGAUGAAAGUGAGUCAGUUCUAGAAAUGUCUGUAUUGCAAGGCGAUAUAUUUCUGUUAUUUUUUUUUUUCAUUGUUGUGUGGUUGAUAAUUCUUAUGGCUCCGAUUUUCAGCUUCUUGAGCAAAAAAUGCUGGAACUUAGAAGGGUAGAAGAUAAAUCUUCCUCGCGAUCAGAAGAACUCUCUCAAAUAGUCAAGGUAAAUCAAGAAGUUUUGUUCACGUUUGUAUAGUGUGACCUUUUGAGUGAGGAUGGGCGAACAGAUGGCUGGUUUGACUGUUAAACCGUCAAUUGUAGUAGAACCUUCACCAUUUAACUCCAACUACCAGUAAAAACUGAAAAAAGAAACGCUGAACCCAAGGCGUCUUGCUUCCCACAGAAUAAGGAUGAUGAGAUCGCAAUGUUACGAGGUCUAGUUCGACAGCAAGAAGACGCAACGAGGUUACUAGGCGAGAAGAUGAGAAAUGAGGCACAAGAACACGUAAGUAAACGUUAGAUCUUCGAGAUUCUGAGUGCUGUACACACUCUGUACACAUUGUACUUUGUUAAGUCAUUUUCGUGGCAUUUCCACCUUGCAGACUGACCAAUCACAACAGACUUAGUAAUCCAACGAACCAAUCAGCUGGUAGAAAAAAUUGUAAGCAGUGCCGAGCUAUCCUCUUUUCGCAGGCUAUUGCCGAGCGCGAAAAAAUGUGUUUCAUCAUGCCACGAUUGUUGACGUGUCUCUUCUUUAUCUGAGUUACAGUAAAACGUUUUUUCCUUAUAGUGACAGGUAUUAAAGGUGGAAAAUUUUAAAAUUUUGUUUAUGUUUGAAGUUCAGCAGCUUCAUCUAGUUUACACUCCAGUCCCUCCACACAAAAUAGUACUUAGAGACAAGCAAAUAUUCCGCCUAACCUAACGUGGUCGAAAACUUGAUUUAAGAGUAGGCAAAUCAGUUCGCUUGUUAUGAGAAUCGUGGAUCAGGGAAUUGUAUUUCUGUGCGCAAAUUUACAGCACCACUUGAUUUAACCACACUGCGAAGCGAUCCUUAUUUUCAUUUUCUGAGAGUACUAGUGAAAAUUGCCACCGCGAGGAAAGCGACACGACGCGUAUUUUAGUCGCUCGCUCUACUAUAUCCCUGUGGAAUAAAGACAAUACUCGUAGUGGUAAAUUAUGUAUUAUGUAAUUAUCAGUUAUGACGAGAGCAUAUUUUUUUGGACAUGACUUUCAGGCACAACGGUAGUAAUGCCCUUUUUUUAAUUUUGACAGUUUUUAAUGUUAAAUAUUACUUCGUCAGAUUCGCAAUGCGCUGGAAAAAGAGCGCGAAACAGCAGACCGCGAACGCACCAGGCACCAGACAAAACUAGAGGAGAUACGCGACAAAUAUGAGUCUGCCUUAAAACAAGUGCGAGAGGAGUUAGAGGCCGAAAGACAAGGUCAUAAUCACCUGAAUGUCUCUGUCAGUAAGAUUAAAAAGGUUAGUUUUUAGCAGCUUCUGUUAGUUUCGUGUUUGUAUAACUAACGGUUGUGUAACUCAACUGAGCUUCUAAACCAAAAAAUCCAACGCGUCAGAUACAAAGAAACAUUUGGUCACCCCCCCCCUCCCCGCUUGUGCUGAGCAUGUCGUAGGUCGAAAAAAGCAAGUUUUCUUGCGCACUUGUGUGAUGAGUAAUUGCUCAGACAAGUGGCCUUCUGAAUCCUUACCGAAGAAAGCCAUGAACCCUGCCCGAGCAAGAAAAAUUAAGGAGCCGCUUGGCACAAUCGUUUGGAGAGCAUUUAUGGAGCAGGUAUUAUUUGGGUUUGCACUCUCUGGUAAACCCAACGUUUGUUCUGACUGGCCAAAAUUUGCCCCUGUUUUAACCAAUCAGAACAUCCCUUUGGAGGCGUUAAUCGAUGGUUUGUGCGGUGGAUUUCAUAUGUGAAGGUCUAUUGUUUAAAGCUUUGUAUCUUCUGUUGUGUAGUAUUUUGUUGUGUUUUUAGACUUUGUUUCACGUUGUCGUUCUUUCACUAACCUGUAAAGUAGUACAAGAGGAUACCAGUGAAUUGCAAUGGGUUCCCUGGGUUGCCUUGUGACUAACGAAGUACAGCAAGCACUAAGCAAAUAAUAUUCCUUUGCUUAAAACAGCCUGGUCUAGCUGAGAUCCACAGGCCGGCGUUUUUCUUUUCGUAGAAAAGCUCUGACAACACAAAUAUCCUGGAAAUUUUAAAGAUUUUUUUUAUAAACUCUAUUUUUAUUGUUGACCAACAGGAAAUCGAAAAGUUGCGCGAGUUAAACCUGCAAGCUGAACAAGAGAAGGUGCAAGCUGUUGCACACGUCAGGAACGAAGCUAAAACGGAAAUUGUGACAAUGAGAGACAAAAUUCAGGAGGUAAUUGAAUUUUUCUCAGUUUUACCUUGACUAAAGGUAAUUUAUGCGAAACAAACUUUGUAUUUUCAAUGAGCUGAGGAAGCGUGUGCCAGCGGUUAGACCGCUGGACUUGUAAUCCGGAGGCCCUCGGUUCACGUCGCGCUCUUGCCAGUUGGAAUUCUUAACCAUUUUUAACCUGCGUGAUGCCGACGUCUCCUAUUUCCGUUAGAGAGCUUAAGCAACGACAACGACUGUUAUUCCUGUUAACUAUUCGCGACUUUUGAAGAUUUUAAGGCGUAUUAAAGGUGACCGGCUUGGGUGGAGUUAAUGCGAUAGUUUUAUUUGUGAUAUCUCUAAGUGAGUAACUUUACGUCGGCUGUUGUUUUCAUUAGUUGAGCGCAUUAGUAGAAACAACGGAGAAAGAAACAGCAAAGGAGAUUAACGAAGAAUGUCGAAAAACAGCGGCACUGAUUGGGGAUUCUGCCAACAACACCCCUGUGAGGUAAAUAGACGUCAGACAUCAUUUGCCGCGAGAUGUUCUCUUCAUCCUUUGUCAAACAAAACCCUCACAAAGUUAUGUUUUAUGUUGUUUUGUUUUGCUCAGAAAUUUAUCAGGCAGCUAUGUUGGUGAAAGUCCCAGGUCGACCACGGACAGUCCUGCUAAAGAUGCUCUGGUAAUUAUGAAUUACGUUUUCUAAAAGUUGGAAUAGUUGUUAGUGGUGGUGGUGAUGAAGGGGGGUGGGGGAGGAAUAGUUUUAGAGCCGUUAGAAGCUUAAGUAUGAAUAAUUCUACAGGGUUUUCUUUUGGUUUUCCUAUAUUGUCGUCGACCAAAAAAGGUCCGAGUUUUUAUUCGUUUCUUAUCGCUUGCAGCUAAAUCUCCGUUCAUACAAUGAAGAGCUAAGACAGCAUUUGAUAGAAGCCCGAAAAGAGCUUGAACAAAACAACAGAGAACUGGCCCUCAAAAAACAGGUAUUUAUCUUCUCUUGUUUGUUAAUCCUCGAGUGGCCUGUACUGCUCGAGCUUUCGGAAUCAUGAAAGGAGGCGCCACCAUAAGGCUUCUUGUCGAGAAUGCAACCUCGUUCGUGUUACGAAGCGAGUGAAGUAGUUUCGAGGCAAAGCCGUCUUGGUAGUUUUGGUCCUUCAGUUGCGUGAGUAGCUCGCGGAGUUCAGGAGUUGGUUCUCAGGUUCUCAGGAGGUUAGACGGUCUACAAGUCCGUUUCAGGUCGACCAAAAAUCAUCAUCAUCAUCGAUCAAAAAUCAUUUUCUAGCCAGACAAUAGUUGCAGGUUUUUUGUUAAGCAACCUUCUUUUUCCUGCUUUUUUUGCGACUGCACUUAAUCAUCCGCAGUGCAGCGUGACAGCGGUAGUAAGAUGACAUAAGGUAGUUACUUCAUAUAUGAUUUUUAUAGUGUACAUGAAGUACCUACCUGAUAUGCCUAUCUAACUGUUGCCGUUAUUUUCCUUCUGUUCUACAGCAGCAAAGCAGCGGAGAUCUCACUCCCCAGCAAGUGUAUUUGUUUAAGAAAGCUCUUGGUGCUAAGGUAACAUACACACACCUUAUUGAGUUUUUAACGCACUUAAGUCAAUUGUUGUUUGGUUUAAUAUACUGUUGCACUCAGUAUUUAGGAUUUGUUUCAUAUAGCAGUUAUUCUAAUUAAUUAUCUCAAGGUCUUUGGAAUACACCCCCGAUGCGAUAUGUGUGGCAUAGAUCAACAACAUUGCACUCCAGUAGUACCAUGCAGUAGAUUCAGCUAAUGCGUAUCUGCGGAAGUACCCUUCCAUAUUCUGGCACUUUUGUCCUCGUAAAGGCUCUUUCUAAUGUUAAAUUGCCCAAUACUGCUUUUUUUCUUUCUCUUGACUAGGAGGAGGAAUUGGCUAGACUGAAAAAGUAAGUUGAAACAAUUGUUUUCUCUUUUAAAACCCUUUCGUUUCUGGGAUUAACUUCAAAAACUUAGCUCUUGUGAGUCUGUGUACGGUGUAUUAGGAUAAAUAGUGUGUACCAAUCCAAAUGAAAUCUCUUUGAGUGCAGUUUGCUCGGUGCGUUUUUUUUUUUCACAUUUAAUUAUUUUUUGAUUCUCUCUCGUAUUCGAGUCAUAUUCAAAUAUAUAUUCUAGACACUCUUGUGAUUAAAAAGGUGAAUUAUUCGGCAAUUUUGUUCACUGCAUUUUCGAUAACACGCUCGCGUUGAUUGCUUUAGGUGAUUAUAUCCUGUCAGUACUGUUUUGUUUCAAGGCUUCGCCUGUUGGUUUCCAAGAAAAUAGCGACGAACGCCAAUUGCUUUUCUCACUUGGUUGGCGAGUUUCAAGCCUCUAUAGAUGCCUUAUUAACGAGUUUAGAAAGUUUGUAACACCAUGUCUUUGCUUUUUAACAGGCAGUUUCAAGAAGAAAGUGAGAAAAACGCGCUGCAGGUCAAAUCCGAGAGAACGGUAAGUCAUUUACUGACUGUGAAUGAGUCUCAGCCCGUAAAGAUUUUUGCGGUCCAACCUCGUUUCCGGGAGAAAGAGACAAUCCUGGGAACGAGGUUGUUUUCAGUUGCCUUGUAAUAACUAAUGUUUAUAUUAUAUUUUUAGGCCUAUCAGAAAACCAUCGAUCGUUUAGAAAAGGAACUGAAGCAAGCUAAGGCUGCUGUAAGUAAACAAAAACCAAAAAUCUUCUUAGUUUUCCUUAAAAGUAAGACAUUAACCAUGAUACCACCUCUUUUUUACCCAGACCCCAGUCGGCAGCCCCAUGGUAAACGGCCAUUCAUCUCCAACAGAGAGCGGUGUAGGUACCAGUCUCAGCUCGACAACACCCAGUCCGAGGCCUGGAGAGGAUACCAGCACAGCAAGGCUGUUACGUCACUUACAGGGCAGAGUGCAGCAACUGCGGGCUCAGAAUGACAGUCUGCGCAAGUCAUCCGAGAACGAGUCGCUAAAUGAUAGCCACUGUAGUGUAGUCUCGACUGAAUCGGUAAGGCGGAAGUAUGGUUACCACGUGUAAUAUUCGCAGAGCGUAUGUAUGAUCGAACAAUUUAGGGUCAGUCCUCAAGAGGAUCUUCCGUUGGAAAACCUUUACUGUGAUUAAGACGUAGUAUAGUAUAGACGUAGUAUAGUGACCGCGUGUUAUAUUCGCAUGUGUGUAAUUGAACAUUUCAGAGUCAGCCUUGGAAAAAUCUUUGGCUGGAACAAAUUGACGGUGAUCAUUCGAGAAAGAGUUUUUGAAGAGGAAAUUCGAACUUAUGCAACCGGGUUCUUUUGUUUGUUCCGGCGAACACAUUCACUCUUGUUCUGAUCCCUAAACAACGGACACCUCCCCGCAAUGGUUGGCCAAGUGCCUCUGUCCCCACUCCCCAAGGAGUCCUUUCUAGGGAGGUUUGAUUGUACUUUUAAAUUUUUAAUUUUUUUCUUCAUUCUUUUUCUUCUCGUGAUUUGCAUGAUCAAUGUGAUCGUUACUAAUAAUUUUUUUUUUUGAUACUGCUUGUAGUUUAACGCGAGUGAGGAAGACUCGAGGAGGCUUCAUGCUGCACUUAAGGUAUCGUGGUUAUAGCGUUGUAUGUUAACAGACGAUCAUUGGAAGAGUUUGAUCUCAACAGGGGGCUAAAGCAACAACGAGGGCGACGACUACGAAAACGUCAUUUAAAAAGUGAAUUCGCGCUGCUUCAAACUUUAUCGCGCUUAUUUUAUCUCGUUCAAUUCGUCAAAUGUUGUCAAAUUUUUCUGGAGUUCAAUUCUAAACGACUGUAUCAAAGUUCAGGAAAAGAAAAAUAAAGUCGUUGUCUUAUCUUCACGUCCUCGACGAAACGAGAAAUUAGGCACUUUCACUUUGUAGUCGUGCAGCGAAAAUCCAAGAAUAACCCCCCCCCCCCAAAAAAAAAAAAAAAAAAAAAAAAACAAAGAGAAAAUUUUUUCAACACACCCACACCCCGGGGACAGGAAAGAAACACCCAAAAAUAACACAAUUUUAUAAAAACCCCAACAAACCACCCCCCCAAAACAGAACCCCAAAAAAAAUAAACCUAAAAUUCUACACCCCACCCAUCACGAUCCCAAAACAACAACCCCAAAAAAAAAAAAAAAAAAAAAAUGCCAUAAGGAUACUUUAUUCGCAGCACUACGCGGCCGGGGUACGAGGGUGAACUACCAGGAAUCUUCACAUUGUUUUGAAUACCCCUAAAAAUCCCUACUUAAAUCGAGCCACCUAAAAAAUACUUGCCAAAUUUUCCUACCCAAACAUCCGCGGAGUCGAAAAUUAAAACCCCAAAAAAUCCUUCGAUCAUCCCCGUCACUUGUAAUCCGAAGUACUCCCCCGGGGCUACAGGAAUCGGUGUUUUUUAAUUUGUUUUGCGUACUGAAGCAUACACUUUUCAGUAACCCAAGUUUUCUUUUCCCGCUUUUCUGUGUAACUUAGUUGCUCGAAACGGGAUUUGUUUCUAGGUUAUAUAAGUCCGUUACCCUAUAAAUUUUGUCUUUCUAUAGAUGUCGGAAGACAAAGCGCAAAGAAAUGCCGCCAUGUUAAGUCAAAAGAUGAUGGAAAUGACCAAGUUACAGAAAAUGCUCACACAUGCUACCAAGGUAAGGAUGGUAAUGUAGCUCUUCCCUCUUGCGUAUCGUGAGUGAUCCAUUUGUGCAUGCCGCCCAUACUAAGUGUAGAUCAUUACGGGAGUACUGUCAAACAUGACGCUGAAGGGGUUCAAUUUGUUUACAGGGUUUGAAGAGUAUGGCAGGGCGCUCGGCAGUGAAAAUAAAUGAAUCGCUCGAAUAAAUUUCUUUAAGGCCUCACGACUUUUGAGUCAUGUUCCCUAAUAGCCCCCCUCCCCCAUAUAAAAUCUCCUCUCCCGUAGCUCCUUAGGAAAGCCUGAUACUCAGCAGGCUAGUUCCCUAAUCUCUCCUAACCCCAUCCCCCGCCCAACCCCCUUCCCUCCCACCGAACGACAAAUAAACCCAAGACUGUCGCCGUUUUUACGUGAAACAGCCAACUCUUCACUGCGAUCUCAGAGGCCUUAUGUUGAUGAUUUCAUUUUUGGUUUUUCAGGAAAACAUGAAGCUGGAACGAGCUUACGCCUCAUUACAACGGAAAAUAAUCGACAACUCCAGAUAACAGUGCCAUUGAUUCAUAGUCCACUGAAAUAUGACUUACGUGCCUUUGCUUGGCCAUAUUCCAUUCAAAUACGCCAAAUUUAGCGAAAACAUCGUAUAUAUUCUAGAUGCGAGAAAACUAAAUGCGGUAUGGUAAUCGUAGGGUGGAUAUGUACCUGAUUCAAUAAAGGUGGCUUUAGGCGUUGGGCUUUGCGCACUGUGAGGGGCUAAUGUUUGGCGCUCAUUCAAGGAGGAUUGAAACGUCUUCCCAUGAUGCUUUGCGGAAAAAAUUCGCUUAAGUCCGUUCCCUCACAUCUCUGACCGGUGCGUUCGCGGGUAAUUUUGUGGAUUUUCAAUCGGAUUUGUUUCACACUUCAACCGUUGGCGGUCAUUUAAGCAAAUUAUUGCAGUGAGUUCGCUAGGCCCAAAAGCCAAAUGCCCAAUUGCUAAAGUAACCCUUACUCAAUUAGGUAUAUUUGCAGCGUACGGGUAUAGGUGUCUUCGAUAAGAGCCCAAACACUGCCCGUGGGAGCUGUCAGCUUGUUCAAAAAAGUAAUGUGUACAGCAGCUAUGGCCAUAUUGAGAAAUGACAGGAAGUUAUUUUAACGCUGCAGAGAACAACAAAUAUUUACAAUCUUACCUGGCUGCCACGUUAGCUCCGUUCAGAGUGCUUGUCACUGCUUCUUUGAAUUUACCAUUACACGUGACUCAUUUACAUUUGAAAGCUCCAUAAAUUUAUCGCACACCAUCUGACACGUGUAACGUGAAAGAAAUGAAAGUAAACAGGUACUCGAAUUUUGACUCAUAUGUGUGCUGCAAAUAAAUGCACCUUACUUUACUGACACAUAAGAGU